AUGCUGACCACACCUGGGGACAGAGGGCAAUCUCCUCCCUCGGGGGGCCGCAGACCUGCGUUCUCCCUCACUCCCGCAGCCGCUGCUGUGCAGGCGAGCAGGGGCCGGCUCGGCCGGGCCAGGGGCCGCCGCUCGAACCCCCGCGGCUGGAAACUGGAAGAGAGGCCGCAGGGUUCUCCGGGGUGCGGGCAGCGGAACCGGCAAACCCGCGGGGCGCGCUCGGGGCCCGCCGGGCGGGCGGCGGUGGCCGGGGCGGCGGCUGUCGGGGACCAGCGCUUGCCCCCCGACACCCCGCGCGGGGCCGCCCGCAUCCGGAGCCCUUCUUUGUCACCCGCGGGGGCGAGCACGCGGCCGGGGGCGGCGCCCAGCCUCUCGCUUGUGCCGGAGCAGGAAGGGAAAGGAGAAAAGCCAAGCCGUGGCGCGCGGCCGCGCUGGGGCGUGGAGUGGCGGGGCCGCGCGCCGGGCCUGCAGGGCGGGGCCGAGACCCCAGACCCGCGACCCCGCGACCCCGGGCGGCGGGCGGGCGCGGCGGGAGCUUUACCUGCACGGUUGCGUCUGGAGGCCGCUGGCGGGCCGUGCGGCCGCAGACCCCGCCCCUGCCCGUGCGGCUCUGGUUGCGGCUGGAGGCAAAGCAUCCCUGCGGUCCGCUGCCCCGCGCCCGGCCCAGGCUGGUGGGCGCGGUUGGGGCUUCGCGGGGCUGCGUCCGGCCGCGGACCUGGGCUGCGGAGUGGGAGUGAGCGGGCAUCUCGCGUUUCAGCGGGGCCGGAGCCGGCUUCGGGGUUUCAGGGAGCCACGUGGUGUGGUGACCCUAAAGCCCCGCUGACGUUGGCCGCGUCCGACAUCCGCGCGCCGAAGGCCGGCACCGCAGUCGGCCGCCGGCCGGGGCCCCUUCCCCGCCUCCAGGCGAGCGCGGCGUGCGGGUCACUGCGGGUCACUGCGCCCGGGCUCGCAGAUGCUGCGCACUUCCUCAUGAGCGUUAGAGCAGCUUGUCGGCUUCCAGCAAAGAAGCCUGGUGCGUUUUGUUGGGAUCCCACUGAAUCCCGACAUCAGUUUGAAAAAGUUGAUACCUUGACUAUGCAGAGUCCUUCGGUCCAUGAGCAUGCUGUUCUUAUCAGUAAGAGGACAUUUCCUUGUGAAAAUAGAGGAAACCUCUUGCAAAUGGAGUCAGGAAGCCCCGAAGAAGCACUCUCACGCACGCCCUGGCCCUUACAGCCUGCGUCGUCACCAGGGAGGAGAAGAUCAAUGGAACAGAAUAGAGAACCCAGAAAUGGACCCUCCACUCUACGAUCAACUAAUCUUAGACAAAAUAGGAAAGAAUGUCCAAUGGGAAAAAGACAGUCUCUCAACAAAUGAUGUUGGGAAAAUU